GACUGCUUUGCUCCGCUGACGACGGCGGUCAGCGACUGCAAGUGCCAGUGCGCUGCUGGAGGGCACGGCGAUGUGUGCGUCCCGGCGCCUGUGCCUGCUGGUCCGCCACCACCGCCACCGCCGCCCGCACCACCGUCACCGCCGCCGAUUGGUGAGUGCAUCAGCGACAUGGUGUACCCCGAGGUUGCGCAGGCAGUGGGCAGCGGGCUGUCGUGGCUGUGCUACCGCAACGUGACGUUCAGCGGGGGUGGCAUGAUCCUGACGGUGCUGAUUGGGGGGAUGACGGGCGACGUGGCGAACAUCACGUUUGAUGGAUGCACGUGGAGGGACGGCGCUGUACUGUUGCUGGCGGGCGACGCGCACGCCGCUGUGGAGUCGCUGAACGUUUUUGUCACCGGCAACACGUUCGAUGACGCGCUUCUUAGCCCGGAGGGUGAUUUUCCGCCGCACACGAACAUCACCAUCAGCGGGAACCGCUUCAAGGUCACGAGGCUGAUCUCUCGGUCGGGCUUGGACAUUAGAAGGCCGUCGUGUGUAGCGAUGAAUGAGCUGGUGGUCAGCAAUGACUCCGCGGUGGUGCUCAGUGGCAAUGUGUUUCAGAGCGUGACGGCAUCGUCAAGUGCCAUUUACGUUGUUGGAUCUGUGCUGAGGGUGUCGUGGCACUCCCUGUUUGCGGUGGUGGGCAACACGUUUCAUAUGGACGACGGUGGCGCUACGGUGAUAUAUCUUGGAGGGUCUUUCCAAUCCUCGUCGCUGGAUGUACUGAACAACUCCGCCGUGGUGAUCCGAGACAACGUUGCGUCGAGGCCGGUAAGUUACUUCAUGUUAUUUCCUUCGACAUUACGUGUGGAGUCCUGGUCAGCGGCUGUGUUUCAGGGCAAUGACAUGCAGGGAAGCUCGGUUGUGCUCUUUUUGAACUACUACACCUAUGUCUACUACAACUCCUGGCUGCAGUUGAGCGGCAACCUCUGCCGUGAAUCCCCAUCGGAUGCCUUUGCCUAUGCAUACCCCAGGGUAAAUCUACGGAACUCCACGGUGUCUGUGUCCGGCAACAAAUUCAUUUCCAGCACGGGCACGCCGAAGGUGCUUUGGAUAUUAUUAGGGUCCAGCGAUCUCACAAACGGAACGGUUGUGGCCGCGUGCAACACAGUGAAUGACAAGGAGGGGGCGAGAUACAGUAUUCCGUCUGCGUACAAUGCGACCAUUCUGAGCUGCAGCGACCCAUGCACCCUCGCGGCGUCGUGCUUCCCCGCGUACACGGCGACGGUGUCGAGUGAUGGCUGCGCUUGCACGUGCGCUGAGGGCGGCCACGGCAAUGCGUGUUUGCCCGUCGCUGUUCCCGAGCCACCGAGCACUGACGGCGCCGACUCGUGCGUACAGGACGUGCGUGUGGAUGAGGAGGUGAACGCCGGUUUCGGGACGUCGGUGGUGUGUUACGUUGGUGUGACCUUUGCGGCGGACGUCGUGGUGGACGUGGAGUCGAUGUCGGGGAGCGUGCGCAACGUGACGCUGGUGAACUGCACUUUUGUGGGCAGAGCGAGCCUGUACGUUGUUGGGUGGCGUUCCGACCCGCCUGCUGGCCAGCGCGCCGAUGUGUUGAUCGGCGGGCUCGAGUCGCGCUCCGGCGGCGGCGUGGUGGUGGCGAACCUAUUUCCGCCGGGCUCGCGCGUCACUGUGGUGGACUCGGUGCUGGUCGCAGAGAAGCGCAUUGCGUACCGCGGGCGCUACGGCCUUGGUGACGCCUCCGCGUGCCUUGUGGUGCA